AUGGCAACAAUCGUACCAAAACCCAGUAAUGUUCCAGGUGGGCCGACCAAUCCAAGACGACGACGAGGCCGCCCUCGUCUAGCGGACCGCCAGCUUACAGACUCUAUCGAAGAACCACUUGCGCGCCGCCGGCUCUAUACCCGCCUGUCGCAGCGCGCGUGGCGGGACCGCCAAAGGCAAAAGCUCGCCUCUCAAGAGGCCAUCAUCAAUGACAUCCGCGCUGCGGUCUUGCGCUUGGAGCGUCUCGCUGUCCAGAACAAGGUGGUGGAGAAGAUGCCCCGGUUUGCCACCGAGGUGUUCAGGUGCGUGGCGUUGGUCAGGGGCGUGGGCGCUGGGAUCACAAGUGGAAGCGGGAGCGCAGACGUAAGUGGGAGUGAGAGAGACAGUCGGGGAGGGACAGGGACAGGGACAGGCACCGAGACGAGCAGUAUUGCGUCGAUGGCACCGGAUCAUCUGAUGCAUCCUACCAUGGAUAUAGAAGCGAACACUGGGCGUGCGAGCGUCGACAUUGCCGUGGUUGACGCCGGCGGUCGAAUGCGAUCUAAUGUCAAUGUGCUCGGCGGGGCCGUCGGCGACAGAAUGAUGCAGAGUCAGGACGGUCUGGGGUUUGAGAAGCUGGGACAGAACAUCGCAGACGAUAGUUCUUUGCAGUCUCUUCUAAGCCAUGGUCACGGAGCCAGACCCAUGUUCAGCUCCUCUUUAUCACCAUCAGCAGCAGCAUAUCCUGCCGCCCGAGACCACAAUUCUACGAAGCUGUCAGGCUCCGUUGUCUUACAACCGUCACAUCCCAGCCUAUCUUCAGCCUCAGUUCCCGGCCCGAUGCGCACCAUCACCCCGCUCUGGACCUACAGCAUCCACGAGACCAGCUUCUCGCGCCGCCUCCACCGCUCCUGCAUCGAGCACUGCUACCGCCUGCUCUCGUCCCACCACACGCGCCGCGCCGAGCUCCUCCGGACGCUGAAGUUCCCGCUGGCGGCACGCCUCACGGUCGACGAGCUGCGGCGCCGCGCGAGGGAGCUCUUGCUCCGCGGCACCGACCAGAGCCUCCACUACGAGGCAGCCGUGGACGAGGGCGAUAGCAUGUCGCAGGUGAUACGGCGGAUCGUGAGCAGCUCGAGGCGGCCGCUGACGUCCUUGCUCCCGAGACCGGCUUCGACCUCCUUCUUCUCCUCCUCCACCUCCUCCUCCUGGACCUCAAGCAUCACGACGCUCGAAGAAGGCGCGGAUGCACCCCACGCGGCGACCGUCUCCGAGAUCCACGUCUCGGGAUACGAGGGCGCGUGGCUCGGCCCAGACGGCGUGGCGCUGUACCUGCACACCCUGGGCAUCCCCAUUCAGGAGAGGCCCUCGAGCAUGACCGUGCCGUGGGCCGUCCCGAGCAAUGCCCUCGAGGACAUGGUGCGAGGGUCCACGAGGGCGCCGUAUCUCCCACCGCCCAUGCCAGCAAUGCAUACGCACGCGCAAUUCUAUCCGCCGCACGCGGUGGUGGUCAACAUGGACCUCGAUCUCAUGGUGGACACCCUGACGCAGAGGUCGGUCUGUGUGGACACGCCUAUGUUUCGGAAGGAGGACGUGGAUAAGAUCGUGGUCGACGCGCUGGUCUCGUGGUACAGGGCUGCGUCUGGUGGUGAGGAGGGCCGGGACUGUUAG